GCGCUUUAGCACAAAUAAUUUGUUAGUCUUUAGUGGCAGGAUGGGAGCAAGCAGGCUGCCUUGGAACAUCUUCAUCUUCUUUCUGUUUUAUUCCUUAUGUGCAGCUCAUCACAGGUAUAAAGGUCUUUACCCUUCCGCAUUCAGGGUGAAGAGGGGAACAGCAUCAUUGGUGAACCCUAUAUUUCUAAACUCUGUAAAGGAUGCCAAUUUGCUCUAUGAGAUUCUGCUGGAUGGACUACAGUUUGAAGAUGAACAUGGUCAGUUUUCAGUACAUGACCAAGAACUAGCAUCGCUACGCAAGGUUCGCAAGUUAGAAGUCAUCUGUGAGGACAUUAUUCCCAAGACAGUACCAGAGGUCCAUCGACUGAUUUUUGCUCUGGCUCAAGACAAUGGUGUUCUGAGGAAGGAAGACUUUGAGCGCACAGUGCUGACGUUGGUGUACACGGCCCAGAAAACAGCUCAGGUCAGCACUGCACACCAGAAAGAUGCCUGGGCAGAGUGUUUUAUCAGCCUCUACAAAAUCAUAAAAGAUGACUUAACCAUCAGAUAGAGGAACCAUCAUUCCUUGGCAGUAUAACCUCUGGUAGCUUGGAUUAGUGUUUUGCAAAUGCCAAGCAUAAAAUCAGUGAAAUUUAGUUCCCUCUGAAAUUUGGUCAUUGUGAUAUAUGUUUAUUUCUGUAAUAUCUCACAGUCCAUUUCUGAAGUGUUGAAAACAGACAUAGUUGUAGAUUUCAAGGAUUUAUAAAUAUUCAGGAGAAAGCAUUAUACAUUUUAAUAAAAACACGAGGUUGAGACAGUCAUACAUACAUACAUACAUACAUACAUACAUACAUACAUACAUACAUAAUGCUCAUUUAUGUAAAUGCUUGUUGGAAAUUUAGUAAGGAGUUAGAAGAACCAUGCAAUUAGAAAUCUAAAUUGUAAAACAUCCUGAACAAGAAAUUCAGUUUUAGUUUCAGAAUUUCAUACUUAAGGAGGUACAAAUGAAUGUUUGGAAUGAAAAAUGAAGAGUCGUCUGGAGCAGGGGAAAAGAGUUCUAUGUUUGAUUGCUUUUGCCUCCAGGUUACUUAUUUUUGAAAGCAAACCUAAAUUUUAUAUGAAUAAACAGAUAGAUUGAAUGCUUUUAAGAAAUUUAAUAUAUGCAUACUUCAUUUUGAAUUCAGAUUUAGGUUUUAGACUUGAACAUGAAAUUCUAUUUCAGUUCAAAAUUCAAUUCUAGUUGCAGGGUACAAAUGUAAAAUAUUACCAAAACUGUUAUUAUUAUUAUUUUAUUUUUAUUGUUAUUAUUUUGUUAUUAUUACAAAUAUGAUACAAUUUAUUUUGCAAUUGUAUCAUACAUCUAUAAUUGAAUUUUGAACUCAUCUCAUCUCAUUAUCUCUAGCUGCUUUAUCCUUCUACAGGGUCGCAGGCAAGCUGGAGCCUAUCCCAGCUGACUAUGGGCGAAAGGCGGGGUACACCCUGGACAAGUCGCCAGGUCAUCACAGGGCUGACACAUAGACACAGACAACCAUUCACACUCACAUUCACACCUACGGUCAAUUUAGAGUCACCAGCUAACCUAACCUGCAUGUCUUUGGGGGAAACCGGAGCACCCGGAGGAAACCCACGCGGACACGGGGAGAACAUGCAAACUCCACACAGAAAGGCCCUCGCCGGCCCCGGGGCUCAAACCCAGGACCUUUCUUGCUGUGAGGCGACAGCGCUAACCACUACACCACCGUGCCGCCCUGAAUUUUGAACUGAAAUAGAAUUUCAUUCAAAUAACAUUUCAAUUAUUGCAUUUAAAUUAAAAUUUCAAAUUACAUGAUUCUAACUCCAUAUUUCACAAUAAAAGGUUUGUCUUUUGUAUAGUAUAGUAUAGUGUAGUAUAGUAUAGUAAUCAAAUAUACCAUGCACUGCGAGGCUCUGGUUGAAAUUAUGGAUUCUCUGAAGUGACUGGCAUAGUGCUAUUUUGUGAGUGGCACAGCCCUGAAGAAAAUAUUACUAUGCCAGUCACCUCAGAGAAUCCAUAAUUUCAAGCAUAGCCUCUCAGUGCAUGGUAUAUUAGAUUUAUAUCCCUCAUCAAAAAAUUCCAAACUAAAAGUGUUAAGAUUUAAUCUUGACAUAAACUCUCUGGAGGCAGCCAUGUUUGUUGUUUACAUCAGAGCAACCUUCAACCUGCACAUGUACAAUGUACUAUGAUAUCGCCUGCCUCGCUAGGCAUGAUCAUGAUACGUAGAUCUGCACACAGAAAUGGUUGCAGAGCCACAGCUGUGACUCGAGACAGACGUAUAGCUUGAAACUGUGACAUCAGUUCAUGGUAUAUCCAGGAUAUUCCAUGACUGACUCACACCAUAUCCUUUUUUUUUAAUUUUGGACGUCACAUUGCUUAAAGCUAGACGGCCUUUUGAUUUCAUAAAAUCAGUGAAAUUUAGUUCCCUCUGAAAUUUGGUCAUUGUGAUAUAUGUUUAUUUCUGUAAUAUCUCACAAAAUAUCAGGACAUUCUGUGGCUGGGAAGUUAUUUAAUUUGAGGGGAUUCCCGAACAAAUAAUGUGCAUGAAAUCGCUCACUUCACGCAGUCAAACAGAGGAAGUCUGUGUGCACAUGUGCAGGUUUACCUUCUUCUUCUUCUCCUUUUCUUCAUUUGGGCUUUAUGGCAGCUGGCAUCCACGGUGUGGCAUUACUGCCAUCUACAGGUUUACCUUUGACCAUGCAUGGACAGAAUGAUGUAACUGUCACUAAACAAACAGCUGAUCACACCGAGGUGCUCGCUGACCAACAAUAUUUAUUAGUUUGGUCCUGCGUUUCCUUUCCUUCGCAACAUACCAUCUUUUCUUCUCGCUUUCCGUUACUUUAGUCAGUUUUUCGCGUUUCAUUCGCACACUCAUGUCCUCCAUUUUCCUCUCCUGUUUCAAAUUUGUAUCCCACAAUGCCUUGCGCGAAUGAGGAAAGCCCACCACAUGAUGUGUGACGUAGUAUCUUGAAUUGGGUCAUGGUGAAGCAGUAAAAAAUAGAGGAGAAUUUAGGGCCAUGUGGCCCGAAAGUCAUUAAUUGUUCUAUUUAAAUAAAACCUAAUUAAAUUGGAAGUCUGUGAUUCGAAUUCAGUAACUUUUGGUCCACUAAACAAAAAUAAUUAGGUGUCAGGGAAAAUUCUUUUUAUGACCUACACUUGAAAAAUCUGAAAAGCAGUCUACCUUUAAGUCAAGUCAAGUUUAUUUGUAUAGCGUUUUUAACAAUAAACGUUGUUGCAAAGCAGCUUUACAGAAUUUGAAUGACUUAAAAUAUGAGCUAAUUUUAUCCCUAAUCUAUCCCCGAUGAGCAAGCCUGUGGCGACAGUGGCAAGGAAAAACUCCCUCAGAUGACAUGAGGAAGAAACCUCAAGAGGAACCAGACUCAAAAGGGAACCCAUCCUCAUCUGGACAACAACAGACAACAUAACUAUAACAUUAAUAGUUCUAACAUAAAGUCAGCUUCAUUGAUGCUAUAAACCCGCACCGACGGAAGCCCGAGCGCAAAACCGUUCACGACAACCGCAGUCCCAAAGUCAGCAAAUCAACUGCAGUCCUAGAGUCAAGUCAAGUCAGCAAGUCAACUGCAGUCCCCAGCCACAAAAGCACCACCGCAAGAGUCCAGAGCAUCCUCCAGGCGCAACCCCCAACUGUCCACAUGGGGCCGCCCUCCACAGGAGCGAUGCAAUGAGACUCCAACCAGACACAGGGCACCAGGAUGGAUCAGGCAGGUCUGAGGAGCAGCAGAGGUCAGCAUCUCAAUCCCAGGACCGACAUGCAACUCAAAGGGACAGAUUUGGGGGGGGGCAGGUUGUUAGGUAUGCCCAAUGUCACCUGAAUAAGUAGGAGCAGUAUACAUAUUGCACUGAGUACAAGCAGGGACUCCAGCAACUAACUAUGACAACAUAACUAAAAGGGGAGAUCCAGAAGGUAACACAGGCAUGAGAGAGCCCUGGGACAUAAAGCAGCCAGCCACUACACCGUCAACAAACUCGAGUGAGCAAGCGAGUGGGGACUGACAGCAUCCAUACAUCCCAGUUUACCAAAACACUCUAUGUCUGAGGACCCUCCAGAUCUACACCUUCACCUCAUGUUUACCAGUCUACCUUUAAUCAAUGGUGAAACUAUUUUAUGUCACGUGAGCCAUGCUUGGCCAAUCCCUGCAUGGGAAUUUUUUGAUGAGGGGUAUAGUAUAGUAUAGUAUAGUAUAGUAUAGUAUAGUAUAGUAUAGUAUAGUAUAGUAUAGUAUAGUACCUCAAAUAAUCAUAUAAAUUCAAGAUUAUUGAAAAUUGUUUCAGUGUAAAAGAAAUAUAUCCAAGUUGUAAACAGCUAUGUCAGCUCAUUAAUGAGUUCAGAGCAUUUAGCAUUAAUUACAGUAACCUCUGCUUUCACAUGUUAGCUUCCACACAACAGGGUCAGGGUCACAACAUAUCUAUUAAAAAUGAUGGCCCCAAAAUUGCCAUCCUUAUAAAUGAUUCCUUAUGAAGAGUCCUUAUGAAUGAUUAUAGCUUCGUUGCUACGGUAAUGUGUGGGUCAUCUCUGCAAGGCUCCUUCUUUCCAAGUGAAACAGAGCUGCUGGAUGUGCCAUUCUGUGGUCUGGCUUUAUGUGAGGGGCAAAAAGGUAUAUAUCUAACCCAGGAGUAGGAUGCUAGACGAGAACUAAUGCCACAAGGAAGGCCAUAGACCUCCUCAUUUUCCACAGUGUUCUCAGACUCAACACCAUUGGCCUUGCUCCACUUAGUCAAGCCCCGCUCAUGUUUUGUUCCUGUAGGAGAAAUAAAGAAAUGCAACACGA